AUGUGCAAGCGUGAGAAUCAGGAGACCGUGGCCCAACUUGAGCGACUUUCUGGGGAGUUUGAAAGGUUGAAAUCUGGUUUUGCUGACGUUCGUGAACAAAAUAAGGAAGCUGAUGUGGCGAAGUUUGACCGUCUCCGUACUGCUCUAGAACAGGCAAAAACAGAUCGCGAUCGUCUUCGUGCUGACGUCGAUCGCUUCCGCUCCACUAGUCAGAGGCAUCAGACACUGCACGUGGAUAUGCUUAGGUCAUCUCAAACGAAAUCUAUUGUCAGGAGAACUGCCACAAAAUGGCUAGCCGUCAUUGAUCGCUACACCAAAUCGCUAAAUGAUGCAAUUCAAAGAAGUGAGAUGUCUCUUGAUGACAGUGAUGCGCAGGGCAGCUCGUCCUUGAGCGAAGGUCCAGUCAGCUGCCGUCGACAAUUUGCACCGUUGCUUUCUGAAGAGUCGAAGUUAUUAGCUGAGGUCAAUGCUCAAAUGAAGAAACAGGAGGAAACAGAUCAAAAGAAAACACAACUUCUGGAAGAAAAAAUUUCACUUUUGGAAGAGCACAGGGAAGAGCUGCAGACAUCUCUAAAAGCUCUUCAGGAGAAGGUCGAUGAUAAUCAGCGAAAUCAGAAUCCACCUCCUCAAGACAAUGUGGACGAGGUUUCGGCUCUUACUGCUCAGUUACGUGAAGCCUUGGCAGCAAAUGCGGAGAAGACGGAGGAAUGUGAAAAGCUCCGACAGCAGACAGAUGAUUUGGAAAAGGAAGUCACGCUGCGACAGUCCUGUGUGGAUGAGAUGAUAGCUCAAACAAAUGUUUUACAAGUGCAAUUACAGCUUGCAGCGGAAGCAAACCUUCAACUUAAGCAACAGAUUUUGGAAAAGGAUCGCUCGCUGAAUACGAUGAGUGAGGAGUUGAAUCGAAAACAGCCGGAGUAUGUCCACCCUGACUCUCAUCUAGAACAACUGGAAUGCUCCUCCGAUCACUCCAAGCUGGCUUAUAGUGAUGAGCUUCUCACUGCUUCCACGUUAGAGACUUCCGACUUGGCGCAGCAAUCAUUUUCUGCUCAAGAGGUUGAUCAAGAAAAGGAAGAGCUUUCUGAACGGAUAGAACGCCUUGAGGAGGAGUGUACUCAACUGAAGGAGGCUCUUGCCAACGCCGGAAAGCAACUGAGUGAAAAGAUGAGUUUUGUGGAUACGGUGACAGCAGAGAAUGAGCAACUUCGACAGGUUGCAACCCAGAAACAUGCGGAAAGUGUGGAUUACUUCGCUCGGUUAGAGGCUGCGAUUGCUCAGAUAGCUGCGUUGGAACAGAAAUUGGCAGAUACUGAGCGACGUGCUGCCGAGACAUUAAACGAAGAACGGGAAUCACGCGAGAAGAUGUCUCGAGAAUUGCAAAGGCUCAAGGAACACCUUUUACUUGUUGAAGAAACGUCAACCGUAGAAGCGGUGGAAGCUGAGAAACGAGAAACAGAACUGAGAGAGCAGAUUCGACGUUUGCAGAGUACGGUUGCCGCCACUGACCACCGACGCUGCAAAAACGACGCAAUCUAUGAA